AUGCCCUACAAGCUGAAGAAGGAGAAGGGCGACUCGGAGUCGGCGGAGGAGGAGGAGCUGGGCGGAGAGCGGCGCGGCCUCAAGCGCGGCCUGGCCGAGGCGGCGGCGGCGGCUGCGGCGGCGGCGGUGGCGGUGCCCGCGGCGGGUGGAGCGGCGGCGGCCACGGCGGCGUUCGGGAGCGGCGGAGCGGGCGGCGGGGCGGUGAGCGGCGCCAAGCCCGGCAAGAAGACGCGGGGCCGGGUGAAGAUCAAGAUGGAGUUCAUCGACAACAAGCUGCGGCGCUACACCACCUUCAGCAAGAGGAAGACCGGCAUCAUGAAGAAGGCCUACGAGCUGUCGACGCUGACGGGCACCCAGGUGCUGCUGCUGGUGGCCAGCGAGACGGGCCAUGUGUACACCUUCGCCACCCGCAAGCUGCAGCCCAUGAUCACCAGCGAGACGGGCAAGGCGCUCAUCCAGACGUGCCUCAACUCCCCCGACUCGCCGCCGCGGUCCGACCCCACCACCGACCAGCGCAUGAGCGCCACGGGCUUCGAGGAGACCGACCUCACCUACCAGGUGUCCGAGUCGGACAGCAGCGGGGAGACCAAGGAUGUGCUGAAACCGACCUUCACUGUCACCAACCUGCCAGGGACAACGUCCACCAUCCAGACGGCACCUACCACCUCGUCCUCCAUGCAGGUCAGCAGCGGCCCCUCGUUCCCCAUCACGAAUUACCUGGCGCCAGUGUCUGCCAGCAUCAGCCCCAGUGCCGUCACCAGUGCCAACGGGACAGUGCUGAAGACUACUGGAGCCAGUGCAGUGACAUCCGGGGGCCUCAUGCAGAUACCCACCGGCUUCACCCUCAUGUCAGGUGGCACCAUGGCUCAGCAAGUCCCUGUCCAGGCGAUCCAGGUGCACCAGGCACCGCAGCAAACGUCUCCCUCCAGUGACAGCAGCACUGACCUUACUCAGACCUCUCCCAGUGGAACAGUGACCCUCCCAGCGACCAUCAUGACGUCGUCUGUGCCAACCACCGUGGGUGGCCACAUGAUGUACCCCAGCCCGCACGCGGUGAUGUACGCGCCCACCUCUGGCCUUGCGGAUGGUGGACUUGCAGUCCUCAAUGCUUUCUCGCAGGCACCCUCAGCAAUGCAGGUGUCCCACAGCCAGGUCCAGGAUCAGGGUGGCGUCCCCCAGGUAUUCUUGACAGCCCCAUCAGGCACCGUUCAGAUCCCAGUCUCAGCUGUCCAGCUUCACCAGAUGGCUGUCAUUGGGCAGCAGAGCAGCAGCGGCAGCAGCCUGACGGAGCUGCAGGUGGUCAACUUGGACACCUCGCACAACGCCAAGAGUGACUGAGAGGCCUCUGCUGCUGGCCUUGUGCCGUCCCUGGCUUGUCGUGCUGGGGCUGGCAGCAACUCUCGUACAGACUGCACCAGUUAUUUAUUGUUGCCUUUUCACGUUUCCUUCAUCCACACAUGCACACACACACACGCACCCACCCACACACACAGCAUGCAAGGGGCUGCAGGACCCGCCUGGGGAGAAGCUGCGCUGAGGCCGUGCAGGGCUGGGGGCCGUUGGGAUGCUCGUCUCUCGCCAGCCAAAGAAGCUUGUCUCUUGAGGGGAGGGUGUGCUCCGUGCUGUACAUAAAUCCUGGGGGCCUUCCCCAGCUGGAGGCCCUUAGGGGUGCUCACCCUGUCUGUGGGUGUUUGUGUGGGGCUGGGGCCUGGAGCUGUCCUGCAGAGCUGCACAGGCCUCAGCAAUGUGCCUUUGUGGGGGGGGAUGGGUCCCGGCUGCGGCAGCUCUCCCUGGCCUCCGCAGGGAGCAAGCGGCCUACUUGGACGUGCAUCUCUGGUUGGGUCUGGUGUAUGGCCCCAGCCUCCUCACGUGCACUACAGCAAGGCCUCCGCCCUCAGUGCCUCCUUGCUGGGCUGCCUGGUGGGUUGGCAGCUGCAGCACACAGCGGGUGCCCAGCAGUUCAGCAAGGCCCUAAGGGAGAGGGGGGGCUUUGCUGCCAGCUCAGUCCCGUGCUCCCAUCUCGGCCCUCGUGCUGCUUGUGGACUCCAUAUGCCCAAGGGGGGACGUGACUGGAUCUUUUCCGCAUCCCUCUGCUGCAGCUCCAGCCACCGCUUUCUAAAUUUUCUGAUGCAAGGUGGAGAAGCAACUCCAGUGCCAAAGGGAAGAGUCCGUGGGGCACUGAGCUGCUGGUGGGCAGCAUGCUCCUCCUGGGAGCACCGGGGCUGGAGGAGCCUCAGCAGGGCCACGGGAGAAGGACUGGAGUGUGCUUGGUCCUGCAUGGGAGCUGCUCCCUGGCCCUGCAGGGAGAGCGAGCGAGCAAGGAGCUGCUGCAUCCUUAGGGAGAGGAGCAGCUACUGUAACUUCUUUUUUUAAGUUAAAGACAAAAGAAGCCUUGGGGGGGAAAAAAGAGAAAAAAAAAAAAAAACAAAAAAAAAAAAAAAAGAAAAUGACUUUAUUUUUCUAAGUGUUAAACUCAGUAUUUAUGUAAUACUUUAAGGAAUAAAAGUUUGGCUCCUGUACAGUUUUCAUGGGGUUUGUACCGGGGGGAUGGGAGAGGGGUGGGUGGGUGUGGAGGCAGGAAGGGGCCUUGCUUUUGAGUUUGUAUUGUAACCUUGGACAUGUUCCCUCCGCAUUAGCGUUUAACUGUGCUGUGCUGGGCUGUCCCCAGCCCUCCCUGGGGGAUGAGGGGCUGGCAGCAGCCGAUCUCCGCUCUCCCUGCCCGUAGUGCAGGUGGCACCUCCUGAACUCCCAUCUGAGGGUCUGGGCUGGAGUUUCCCUCUCCACAGCCUCAGCUUGUGCUGUUUUUUAGUGCACAGAUGUGGAUGAGUUCCUUCCAUGACCUGUGCAGAGAGCGUGGGGUGUGCAUUAACCUUGACCCAAGGCUGUCAUCAGGGCCGUGCUUUGCUCUGCUUUGCUCGUGCUGGCCCUGCGGGGCUGUGAUGGCAGUGCUGCUGCUGGGCAUCUCCUCCCUGCCUCCCCAAAGGCAACUGCUGGUUAAACGCUAAUGGUGUCUUUUAUUUAAGUGCAGACUUGUAAGAACACUCGUGUAUCAGGGACGAAAUGGCAUUUAUUGUGUGGUGACAUUUUUAAUUCAUUUUACUGGUUUGAGGGUUGUGUGUGUGUGCGUGCGUGCAUGUGUGCGGGUGUGUGUGUGUGCAUAGGUGUGUGUGGGAUUUUUUUUUUCCCCUCCAGUUUCCAGGGUUGUGUUUCUGGAAGGAUGUGGAAGUAAUCACAGUACUAUGUACAGAGCUUUCUUUUGUAUGGAAAAAAAAAAAAAAUUACUCUUUCAAUAAAUGUUAUCAUUUUGUGCACAGA